UCAAAGUUGUUUUUGGAUACAGAACGAUUUUUGAUUAAACUGUAAAAAUCUGUAAAAUGUGAUUUAUUAAAAAAUGAUAAGCUCUAUAAAAUAUUUCUACCAUACUAUGGUGAUUUUUAAUUGUGUAACAGUGGAAUAUAGUAUGAGAGUUAUGUACGAUAUCUUUGCCAUACGUACCUUCUAUCAAAAAUCAUAAAAAUGGCUGGUAUAUGGCUUAAAUAGAUGCCUUUUAGGUUAUACCCAAAAUAUUGUAUACAUUAAUCGAAAAUUUACUGAAAAAAUGAGGAAGAGCACUGAAAAACCUUCUAAAUACACAAUGGGCAACUCUUCUACUAGAAGGCAUUAUAGUAAACAACAAACUGCAAAGCCAGUGCACCUACGUAGAGUUGAAAAGGCUUUGAACCUGAAUAAUUUUUUACAAAACCUGAAUCAGGGCCUCGUACUCAGUGGCGAUUCAGACGAUUCUGAAGAGGAUAUACCUAAUGUGACAGAUAUAAACAUAGACAGCAUAUUGAAAGAAUCUGAACCGCACUCUCCAAAAGAAUAUUAUAACUUCAAAAAUGUAUCUACAACACGUAAAUGGUUAAGUGAUAUACUCCAAGAAAGUUCGGAUGGGACUCCGGAUGAUGUACAGUACAAACACAUACUAAAAAUGCACGCAUAUACAAAAGAUAUUCGUAAAACUAAAGAGAAUCAGUAUAUGUUUUAUGGUGCUGGAUUGAUAAGCACCAUAGAUCAUUAUCCUGAAAUAGAGAAAAAUCUGCCAUUACAACCUAAAAAAACUGGUAUCAAGACGCAAGGUUACACAGAAUCUAAACUUUUUGGUUCAGAACCACUAGAUGAUGUUGGGUUGAGGAUGGAAGAUCCUUGUUUGGACAUGAACUUGCAAAAUGGUUUAGCACUUCGCACCAUUGAUGAAGAAGAACAUCGUCACGUGAACCCAGAAUUUACUAUACCAAUGGGUUCUCGCACGAUGUCAGUUCACCAUAUGGCACAGAUGAAUGCCUUAAGUAGUAGAAAAAAGUCCAAACGAUUCAAAGAUGAGGAGUCAAAAAGGAAAUGGGAAGAUAUGAUGACUCUUAAGAGACGGAAAUUAUUUACGAAUAUAGUGAAAAAAGAAAUUGGGAAACAGCAUAGAUCUAAGAUAAACAAGCAUAAAGAAAUGUUGCUACAAUGUAAAAGGAUUGCCUCUCAUUGUAUGAAGUAUGCUCGACAGAAAGCUUUGCUGAGCGCCAGAAUAGUAAAAGAACAACAGUGGCGUAUGAAACGAUUAUCAAGAGAAAACAUCGCAUAUUGGAAACGAUCGAGACGUUUCGACAGAGAAGUUAAAAAACGACUUGAAAAGGAGGCUGAAGAACAACGUAAAAUUGACUACGAGCUAGUCGAGGCUAAGAGACAGCAAAGAAAACUUAAUUUUUUGAUCACUCAAACUGAGCUCUAUGCUCAUUUCAUGUCAAAAAAAUUGGGCCAAGCAUCACCUCAAGAGCAGUUGAGAAUAUUGAGUCAGUUAGAUGAGGAUAACAGCAAUAAGCUGAGCUGUGAUACCUAUGACAGUGAGGCGAUAAAAGAAAUGGCAAAAAAGAAUGCUUUAGACGCAUUUCAAAGUGAAAAAGCACGAACGAGGCACUUUGAUCAGCAGGCUAACUCGUGUUUAGGCGAUUUUGAAAAUAUAGAAGGAGAACAACCCCAACCAGAGCUCUUCAGAGGCAAAUUAAAGGGAUAUCAAUUACGGGGUAUGAAUUGGUUGGCGAAUCUUUACUCCCAAGGAAUAAGCGGAAUUUUGGCUGACGAAAUGGGCUUAGGAAAGACUGUGCAGAGUAUCGCUUUUCUUUGUCAUAUCGCGGAGAAAUAUUCUGUUUGGGGCCCUUUCCUCAUAAUAUCUCCCGCCUCAACUCUACACAACUGGCAGCAGGAAAUAGCUAAGUUUGUACCCGACUUCAAAGUAGUCCCUUAUUGGGGCAAUCCAAAUGAAAGAAAAAUCCUGAGACAAUUCUGGGACCAGAAAGACAUGUAUACUAAAGAAGCAAGUUUCCAUAUUGUUGUCACGUCGUAUCAAAUAGUGAUAUCAGAUAUAAAAUAUUUUAACAGGAUCAAAUGGCAGUACAUGAUUCUAGAUGAAGCGCAAGCUAUAAAAAGUACUAGUUCUAUGAGGUGGAAGACAUUGCUAGGCUUUAGCUGUAGAAAUCGGCUAUUGCUAAGCGGUACUCCAAUACAAAACAGCAUGGCGGAACUAUGGGCGUUGUUGCAUUUCAUAAUGCCAACCCUUUUUGAUUCACAUGAGGAAUUCAAUGAGUGGUUUUCGAAAGACAUUGAAAACCAUGCUGAGAAUAAGACAGGCAUUGAUGAGAAGCAUCUGUCUAGAUUGCACAUGAUCUUGAAACCAUUUAUGUUGAGAAGAAUCAAGAAAGAUGUCGAAAAUGAACUGUCUGAUAAAAUAGAAGUGAUGGUUUAUUGCCCGUUAACCACUAGGCAAAGUUUGCUGUAUUUGGCGUUGAAACAGAAAAUAAAGAUAGAAGAUUUGUUGCAUUACACAGUUGGUGGAGGUGAUUCACAUGCUGUAGAUAAAAAUUUUACGUCGAAUCUUAUGAAUCUUGUUAUGCAGUUCAGAAAGGUGUGCAAUCAUCCGGAGCUUUUUGAAAGAAGAGAUGCUAAAUCACCGAUAAGACUUCCAAAUGUCCAGUAUAACAUUCCUUUUUUCACAUAUGAUUAUAACGUCAGAGAACAAAUGUCAAUCAAGCUUAUGAAGAAAUUUGAUGUUUCUCCAAAGAUAAUUUCGGAACGUGUUCAAACAGAUUUUGAAAAUACCAUCUUCAGUUUCUGCUAUGCUUUCAAUUUAUCAUUUGGAGAGAUGUAUCAAAUAUUUCAGGGAAAUAUGUUGCAACGGUGGUUACAUUAUUUUAACCUUGAAAAGGAAGACCACAAUAUAUAUCACAGAACAUUCUGGCAUCCAGAGAUAUACGACAAGCCUACAGUUCGCUUACGACCGCAGCUGAAGCUUAGCAAGCCUGCAAUAGAAAGUAGCUGUGUAUUAAACGAUCUGGUUUUUACCAAACAUACUAGCGGAAAUAAAGUGAUAUACUGUCAUACGACUCACAUCUACCAUAGUAUGCCAGAAACUGUGGAGCACAGGAAUAUAAGGUUCAAAAAUAGAGAUCUUGUUAUUGAUGAAACUAGUAUGAUCGAGGUAGUUAGUGACGAAAAAAUGAAACCUCCGACAAUGUCUUCUUUGCCAGAUUUUGUACAUGUGAAAAGGCCUCCUAAAAAGUUUCAUUGCUGUAUGACAGAGCUGCCAUAUUUCUUAUUUUCCAACAUGCCCAAGGCAUCUGCAGCGCCGAUUUCACUGUACUGUUACUCCCGGAAGGCAGCAUGGGACAUGCACAAGCAUGCUGUUGAAACCGGCUUCAACCAUCUAAACCACCAAUGGGCGAAAGUCACUGGUCAAAUGGUCAACUACAAGUCUGGACAGCGUUGGUUUCCUGAAUUCCAAAACUGUCUGGGUGAGCUUCAGCCUAUCCACGGCUGGUCAAAUAUUGUUAUACCCGACAAAGAAUGCUUAGUAACUGAUUCAGGGAAACUUUCUGUGUUAGACGGGUUAUUAAGAAAGCUGAAGGAGGAGGGCCAUAGGGUUCUGAUUUACUCGCAGAUGACAAAAAUGAUCGAUUUAUUGGAGGAAUAUAUGUGGCACAGACAUCACAAAUACAUGAGACUAGAUGGUUCUUCUAAAAUAUCGGAACGAAGAGACAUGGUAGCUGAUUUCCAGGCUAGGACCGAUAUUUUUGUCUUCUUGCUAUCUACGAGAGCUGGAGGACUUGGAAUCAACUUAACUGCCGCUGACACGGUUAUAUUCUAUGAUAGCGACUGGAAUCCGACAGUGGAUCAACAAGCUAUGGACAGAGCUCAUAGGUUAGGCCAGACCAAACAAGUAACAGUGUAUAGGUUGAUAUGUAAACGAACUAUUGAGGAACGAAUAUUACAGAGAGCCAGGGAAAAGAGUGAGAUUCAAAAAUUGGUUAUCAGUGGCGGGAACUUCAAACCUGAUACGCUUAAGCCUAAAGAAGUUGUUUCACUGCUUCUUGACGAUGACGAACUUGUACAAAAGUAUCAUUUGAAGAUUGACAACACUGUAGAUGUCAAAGAUGACAAAAAACGAAAGUUGCCUCCUAAGGUAUCCCCUGGUGGCAGUGAAUCACCUAAGAAGAUAAAGCAAGAGGUACUUUCGCCGAGUACAGGUACAACUACAGAGGAGAAAAGCAGUACUAUGAAUUUGUCAAUUGAUAGUAUGCCUAAUAGUCCAGGAAGCAUUGCCUCGUCAGAUGUUGUUAAUGAAGAGAUAGUUGAGACCAUGGUAGAUGGUACUGAAUCGCCAGUAACUAACAAAUAUACAGUCUACAAUAUCUAUGGAUCAGCUGUGAAGCCUAGAGUAUCUGGCAGAGGAACUUCAAGACGUGGAAGACCUAGAGGGUCUAGAAGUAGACCUUAUGGAUUAACCAGGAACUAUACGCCUGGAGCACCACCUUCGAUUAGCGGAGUAUUUUCAGGAGAUUCUUUAGAGUCGAUAUCGCCCCAGAGUUCAGAGUCACCUGCUGGAGUAUCUUCAGCAUCGACGUCUAUACCCACCACUCCAGUAAUCAGAAGAGGUCCUGGAAGACCGCGGUUGAAACCUGGAGGUCCUGCAAAUGCAGGAUCGAGGGGUACUUACAGGGCAAGAAAACCUGCUAGGCCAUUACCAGUACCUAUUCCUUCGGAUGGUACCAAUAUCACGUCUACGAGCAACACCAAUGCUAGCUCACAGUAUUUGAAUUACUCGUUCUAUGAUUUUUCUGAUGAUUAAUUAGUGCGAACAUGUGAAAGUACAGGGUGGUCGAUAUGUAAACUGACUGGUUUGUAUCUUGAAUAUUUGUGUAAUGAAAUAGAAUACGUUAAUUUUUUUCAUCUUUAUCUUUUGUUACGAUUAUCUAUAAUUGUUAGUUUACCGGUUGCAAUUAGCGAUAACAAUCAGUUACAAGAUGCAAUUAGCUAUAAUUCGCGAGAUUGCAAGUUGGAAUUAGCUAUAACUGUCAGAUACGAAUUGCAAUUAGCUACUAUCAGUUACAAACAUCAAUUUAGAUGACUGACAAUUAUAGAUUGCGACGCAGGAUUUUUUCUUAACCAUCCGCACAAGUGCAAUCAUGCAUGCAUCAAUACUGUUCUCAAUUGUGUGUUUUUGUUUGUAUGUUGUACUAUAUAUGGAUUUGUAUCGCCGCUUGUGUCUUAUGCCGACGACAUUCGAUUAAAAUUUAGAUUCUAAGGAUUGUAGAAUCAGAAUCUAAAUAGACCAACAUCCAAAAUAGACGCAUAACAUUAAAGUGAGUUUUUUUGCCGAUACUUUGAAAUUCUCAACCUUCAUUCGUGCCGCUAUUGCGACUUAUAAACAAUAAUUAUAGCUAAUCGCAGCUUAUAACUUAAUUAUAGCUAACAAUUCUAUAUUGUAAGUGGCAAUUACAAACAAUUGCAACUUACAAUUAUAUCUGAUUGCCACUUGUAACUGACAAUUGUAAAUAAAAUAUUUUUUCUGCGAUAUCCUUUCCAGGCUUUCAUAGCUUUCUGUUAAAUGUUUAUUGACGGUAUUGUGUGAUUUUUCAGAAAUGAUAAACAUGCUUUUUUGAGUUGCCUGGUUACUCCGUCUGUAACUUUGAUAUGCAGGGUGAGUUUUUGAUGUGACUUCGGUCGAGAAUUCUGUUAUUACGCACGGUAUCUAAAAAAAGUUUUAAAAAUUGUAGCCAACAGUAUGCUGGUUACUUAGAAAAUAUGUUUAUCUCUACAGGGUGAUUCAUAAUUACUUUGAGAAAAAAACUUGUGAAAAGGGGAAUAAAAAAUGUGGAAAUGUACAGGGUGUGCCAUUUGAAAAUUUUGAUUAAUAGUUCAUUUUGCCUUCUUGGCCUUGAAAAAUUAGGUAGAUAGGUACAAAAUAUGGGAACGUAAAAUUCUCCUCACGAAAAACUCAGUAAUCUAGCUAUAAAAGUGGCGGAGGUGCAAGUUAGUUGAGUGUUUUUUCCGAUAGAUUGUCCAAUAUCUCAACAAUUUGAAAGUAAAACAGCAUAUGUUAUUCACUCCGUUUAAAACAACCUAUCCAAAUCUGCAAUAAAAUGUCCAGUCGAAAAAAUGUAUGUUUGGGGCACCGCGUAAUUAUGAAUCACCCUGUAGAAAUAAAAAUAUUUUUCAAGGACUUCAAUUUUCAUAACUAACAUUUUUAGAUAUCAUGUGUAAUGAUGGAGUUACCAUGGAAGCCCACACUAAAAACUGGCCCUGUACUUAUUUGUGUAACCGCGUGAGUAUUGGGUAUUUUUUAAAGGUGUAGAACUUUGGAAUGAAAUGAAGCAGAAAUACUGGAUAUAGAUGUAAUUCUGUAUUACAAUAUAGCUAUUAAAAUGAUUUCUUUUGCUCUGAUACGUCUAAAAAGACAGAUUUGAAAAGACGUUUCACAUCCUUUUUGUGGCCGUACUCAUUAGGCACUAAAUAGUUUUGUAUAUAUAGAUGUUGAUUCGAAUGUGUAAAUAUUUGUUAUGUAUAUAAACAUAGGUUAAAUAUUUUAAUUUAUGAAUAUCAAUCAAUUAUUUCACUUUUUAUCCUUGGUGACUUUUAUAACUAUCAGUUGAAACUUUUCCUACCAUAAGUUUUAUAUUUAUUUGAAUAUGAAUUUAUAGACUUUAUUGGCUCUGAUACUUUUUACAAUUUUAACAAUUGUACGUUUGACCAAAAGUGAUACCACCAACACAAUUUUUUGCUAGUAUUUGAUAAUCUACCAUUAAGCUGCGUUUAAGAAUACUUUUGACAGGCACGAGCCACAUCUCUAGAGGUGAAAUGCUACAGUAUGUCACAUGAUUUCAAGAGAACUGUAUGCAAAUAAUUCUUUGCAUAAUGAAGCAUUUCAGUUCGUUAUAUUUGACAGACGAUUUUCAAUCGAUGCUUGUCAGUGUUUUUCAGACUAAAAUGCAAAAAUAAUUUUCUCUUACACCUCUCUUAUUUAAAAAAAUAUGUUUUUAGAUUUCUCGUCCAAAUACACUACUCAAAAAAAUUAGUUAAGAAAAAAAUCAUUUUUUCCAGUGAUUUUUACAGGUUGUAUUUUGGUGAAAAAUGCUCAUAUCUAGACUUGAAGAAAUGCAUUUUAAAGCUUUAGGAUUCUAGUUUUUAGGUUUUUUAGCCGAAAAAUUUUAGGAGUAACGGUUCUUAUGCAAUUUUACAUUUUUUGAAAAUUUUUCCCUUUCUUUUUAGUCCACGGACUUGAAAAUUGUUGGACCACUAUAUGGAUCAGAUAGUCCGCUUAUUCAGCUUCAGUAUCCUAUAUCCUUUGGCGUGGAGAUUUCUGACUUUAAAUGAAAAAGGAUGCUUUUGUCACCGACCACUGAUAUCUCGGUAGCCAGUGAUCGCACAGAGAUUGUAAGGGUAUUUCCGAAAGUUUUUAUUGCAAUCUUUAAGGAAUCUGUUUUGUUUCCCCAGUAAAAGAAGGCAAAAUUUUUGCAAAAAAUUUUCAUUGCGCUGUCUGUUAGACUUUCAUUGCUCCUAAAUGUUUUUAGCUAAAAAACUGAAAAUGCCUUUUUGAAGUCUAGGUCCUACCAUUUUCACCAAAAUUUUGGAUUUUUUUCUUGCUCCCUUAAUCUUUUUGAGUAGUGCAUAUAAAAAAGGUCAGUUUAUCCAAUAUUUACAGACGAAUAUUUUGGUCAGAUUAUUUAUACAUGUGAAAAUUUCUUUAUGCAUUGUACAGAUGAAAUGUAUUCUAUAUAUCUUAAUUUUGUGUGUUGUCAAUUUUGGAACUUUCUCCUUUUCAACUCGCAAAUAUACAAGCGUUCAUUUUUCUCCAUAUUUGAUUUCAAUUGUUUUUCUUUCGAAUUAAUUUCUUUCAAAAUCGUAUGUUAAUACUUGUGUUACAUUAAAAUAUGAAUACAAUCAUAUUUCGUCGUUUUUUUUGGUAUACAAUUUUUCUCAAGUGACUCAGAUUCAAAAUUCCGGUUUUGUUUGAGAACAUAAAAAUCAGGUUGUCUUAAAUAGUCCAUCACCAAAAUGGAAGAGAGUAAAAUAAUGCAUUGUACGCUACUGUUAAUGUGGUGUGCCUUUUACAACAGUGCGAUUCGCGCGGUAGUAUACAAAGACAUACUGGAUGCAUUAUAAUACUCUCUUCCAUUUCGGUACCAAAGUAUAGUAGCGCUGACUACUGACUCGUUUCAGGCUUGUGCGAUGAUCUAAAUUUGAAAUCCUUCAAUUUUGCCGUAUAACAGUUUGAGGAGAAUACGCCUGAGCGUCCGCAGGAUGGCGCCAGGGGGCCGUGAAUAAGGUUGGCUGUCAAAAUUUGCAUAUUUAGCAUUGGUUUGUGUACAAGAUUAUGCCCCUCUGAUAAAAUUUCCUAGCCCUGCUAAUCAAAAAGUUUAAAAGGAAUAUACACUUCCAUAAUAUACAACAGUUGCCUCUUGCCAAUGUCCUAUCGGACCCCUUGCAAAAAGUUCUUGCGGGCUCGCCAAAUAUUAUUGUCGCAAUUUCGAGGGUUUAUAGCACUUAACAAAUUUUCUGAUAUUCUCGUUUUUUACAUGAACUCUCAAUAUAAUAACGUGAUGAUUCCGACAUAAAGCUACAAGAAACUUCAUGUUGUGCUUUUCUGUGUAUCAUUAUCAUAUUUAACGAUGGUUAAAUCAUGUAAUCUUCAUGAAAAAUUGUAUACUGCAAAACCAAUCAAUGUGAGUCUAAGAGCUGUAUCGCCAGUUGUUUCUACAAUUGCAGGACGCCUUUAUGGCCUCCUCGAUUUUCGUAGUAUUUUUUCUCCUUCACUUCAGAAAGGCUGGUGUCAGCGUCAGCGCUCUCCUAUUGUAAGGCUAUACUGUCUUUUUCAAUUGUAAGACAUUUCAGGCCGAUAUAACAGAUGAUAUAAACCAAAAGCAUGAACAAUUUGAUGCAAAUAGAUAUUUGCAACAUAACCUCAAAAUAGAGGGCUGAAACACACCGCAAAGUAGAAAACUAUGAAAAUCAAGGAGUCCAAAAAGGCGUCCUAGAAUUGUAGGAACGAUUGACGAUACCGCCCUAAAUGUAUGAAAAAUAAAUUACUACAAUACA